AUGCUCCUGGCUGCCCUGUCCUGCCUGCUGUGGAGUAUCCGGACCUCCGCCGGCCACUUCCCUCGAGCCUGUGCCUCCUCCAAGAGCCUGAUGGAGAAGGAGUGCUGCCCGCCCUGGGCGGGCGACGAGAGCCCCUGCGGCCGGCUCUCGGGCAGGGGCUCCUGCCAGGACGUCGUUCUGUCCACGGCGCCACUCGGACCUCAGUUUCCCUUCACGGGGGUGGACGACCGCGAGUCUUGGCCCUCCAUCUUUUAUAACAGAACCUGCCAGUGCUUUGGCAACUUCAUGGGAUUCAAUUGCGGAAGUUGUAAGUUUGGAUUUCGGGGACCCAGCUGCACAGAACGGCGACUUUUGGUGAGAAGAAACAUCUUUGAUUUGAGUGUACCGGAGAAGAACAAGUUUCUUGCCUAUCUCACUUUGGCAAAACAUACCACCAGCCCAGACUACGUCAUCCCCACGGGCACCUCUGGCCAAAUGAAUCAUGGAGCAACACCCCUGUUCAAUGACGUCAGUGUUUAUGACCUCUUUGUCUGGAUGCAUUAUUAUGUGUCAAGGGACACGCUGCUUGGGGACUCUGAAGUCUGGAGAGACAUUGAUUUUGCUCAUGAAGCCCCGGGUUUUCUGCCUUGGCAUAGACUCUUUCUGCUGCUGUGGGAACAGGAAAUCCAGAAGCUGACCGGGGAUGAGAACUUCACCAUUCCAUACUGGGACUGGAGAGAUGCAGAAAACUGUGACGUUUGCACAGAUGAGUACAUGGGAGGGCGCAACCCUGCAAACCCUAAUCUACUCAGCCCAGCAUCCUUCUUCUCCUCUUGGCAGAUCGUCUGCAGCAGACUGGAGGAGUACAACAGUCGCCAGGCUUUAUGCAACGGGACGUCUGAGGGACCAUUACUGCGCAAUCCUGGAAACCACGACAAAGCCAGGACCCCAAGGCUCCCCUCCUCGGCUGAUGUGGAGUUUUGCUUGAGUUUGACCCAGUAUGAAUCAGGUUCCAUGGAUAAAGCUGCCAACUUCAGCUUUAGAAAUACACUGGAAGGAUUUGCUAAUCCGCUUACUGGGAUAGCAGAUGCCUCUCAAAGCGGUAUGCACAAUGCCUUGCACAUCUACAUGAACGGAACGAUGUCCCAGGUACCAGGAUCUGCCAAUGAUCCCAUCUUCCUUCUUCAUCAUGCGUUUGUUGACAGUAUUUUUGAACAGUGGCUUCGAAAGUAUCGUCCUCUUCAAGACGUUUAUCCAGAAGCUAAUGCACCCAUUGGACACAACCGAGAAUCCUACAUGGUCCCUUUCAUCCCGCUCUACAGAAACGGUGACUUCUUCAUUUCAUCCAAGGAUCUGGGCUACGACUACAGCUACCUACAAGAGUCAGAACCGGACAUUUUUCAAGAUUACAUUAAGCCCUACUUAGAACAAGCACGUCGAAUCUGGCCAUGGCUCACUGGGGCAGCUGUGGUUGGGUCUGUCCUUACUGCUGUACUGGGAGGACUUACUAGCCUGUUAUGUCGUCGAAAGAGAAACCAGCUUCCUGAAGAAAAGCAGCCCCUGCUCAUGGAAAAAGAAGAUUACCACAAUUUGUUGUAUCAGAGCCAUUUAUGA